AUGACCAUCGACGUGUACCUGAUGCCGGGCUCGGCGCCGUGCAGAGCUGUGCUCCUCACAGCACGAGUCCUCAACUUGGAGGUCAACCAAAUAGUAGUUAAUUUAUUGAAAGGCGAACACUUAAACCCUGAGUAUAUAAAGUUAAAUCCUCAACACACAAUUCCAACAUUGGUCGACAACGGUUUCUCAAUAUGGGAGUCUCGAGCCAUAAUGACGUAUCUGGUUAGCAAAUACGGCAAAGAUACAGGCCUCUACCCUGAAGACCUGGAAGCCAGAGCCGUUGUUAAUCAGAGGCUAUAUUUUGACAUGGGAACAUUAUAUAUAGCUUUUACUGAAUGUUACUAUGCACAAGUUUUUUCUGGCGGUCCACCGGAUGAGGAAAAAUUGAAAGAAUUAGAGGAUGCCCUCAAGUUCCUGGACACAUUCCUGGAGGGCCAAGAAUACUUGGCGGGCUCGCAGCUCACUGUCGCAGACCUCUCAACGGUAGCUACCAUCUCCACUUUUGAGUUGUCGGUUUUCGACUUCAAGAAGUAUUCUAACAUCAAGAGGUGGUAUGAGAAAAUGAAGGCAGAAAUUCCCGGAUAUAAGGAAAUAAAUGAGGCAGGACUUGAACACCUGAAGAGCGCUAUGGAAGAAUAUAAGAAAAUUCGAUUAGCCCAACCCCAAGAGAGCCAAUAGUUUUUCAUUAAUAACUUUUUUCUUAAUGGUCCGAUUCUGAUAUUUUUUUAUUUUGUUCAAAGUAAUAUUUAUAAAUGAACCAGUUUAUAUUAUGAAAUGUAUACCAACUAUUCCAUUUAUAUACAAAUAUACAAACUAUACAUAGUUAUUAUCUACAUGAAAAAGAAUAUUAUGAUAUUGA